CAGAUGUUUUUUAUUUACCAAACUUUAUUCCUCUGCCAUCACCAUCUCGAAAAAAAUAAAUUGAAAAGCUUAUGUAACUCCCACCCAACAAUAUAACAUGCUAUACCACAUGUACUUUUGCAGUAUUCUUGUGCUUAAACUUGCAAUUUCACUCAACCUUUGUUUAAAUCUUGCGUAAGAUCUCAGACUUCUUCACUGACAUCUUUUUCUUCUUUCUUUUGAUGGAUUGUAAUAGGCAAAUUGUGUCUUGAGAUUCAGAUUUAGUCACAUCUCUACGGAGAUUGAUUGUCUUGCUGCUGUCUGUGGUUUUUUUUAAGAGCAGCCAUCAUCAUGUCCAUGGGAGAUGAGAAACAGGGCGAGAUGAGGAGCAAUAUGAUGCUAUUUGGUUUACUGAUUAGGAGAAUCUUUGAUGAGGAGAAGAGUAAGCUUCUUCAGAGGCUUGAUGAUGCCAAUAGUAUAAUUACAGAGUUGAAGAAAGUGAGAAAUGAAGAUGCAAAAGCUAAUGAGAAGGUAGUUAGCAUAUUCGCGUCUCAAAAACAGAAUUGGUUAAGGGAGAGGUAUGGAAUAAGGCUUCAGAUUGAGGCUCUGAUGAAGGAACUAAGGAACAUUGAGAAGAGGAAGAGAAAAAGCUUAUCGGAGAUGCAAGAAAAAUUAAAAGAAAAGGAAGGUUUAGUGGAAUCUAAAGAUAAAGUAAUGGAAGAAGAGAAGCGUAAAUGCAAAGAAUUAGAAGAAAGGCUGGUCAAAGCAGAAAAGGAAGUUCAAGAUUUAAGGGAGACGCAAGAGAGAGAUGUGCAAGAACAUUCGUCUGAGCUGUGGAGACAGAAGAAGACAUUCCUUGAGCUUGCUUCUAGCCAGAGACAGCUUGAAGCUGAACUGAGUCGUGCAAAUAAGCAAAUCGAGGCUAAAGGACUUGAACUUGAAGACUUGUCAUUGGAAGUCAUUAAGAUGCGAAAAGAUUUGGAACAGAAAGAUCGAAUAUUGUCUGUAAUGAUGAAAAAGUCGAAACUGGACAUGACCGAGAAACAGAUGACAUUGCUUAAGGAGGCUAAAAAGAAGCAAGAUGAAGAAGAAGUAAAGAAAUGGAGAACGAAUUCAAAAUCUAGAAAACAUGAGAGACGGUCACUGAGAAGCAUGUUUGCUUUUGAAGCCACAAGUAAGUCUAAAACCAACAGUGUUCCUUCCAUUACUCAUAUUGAACAUCUGGAGUUGAAUAAAGAUCCUGAUAUCAUCCCACAAAUCAUGGAUUCCUACUCUAUUGGUGAUCUCAAUGAACUAGGAGUGGAUAAAAUUGCAAAGAAGCGUGAGAAUUUGACUUUUGGUGAGGAAGAACUUUGUAUUAGAGUGAUAGGGAAGAACCGAGAGAUAGAGGGGGAGUUUACAGAUCAUAUGAAACUAAAAGAUGAAAAGGUUGAAGCUUUGUGUUUGCAUCUCAUGAACUCCGAAUUAGAAUUAAAGCGGUUGAGAUCUUGUAUUGAAGGAAUGAACCAAGAAAUGUCACAGUUGAGACACGAAAACACACAGUUGGAAGGCAUGGUAAAUCAAAGAGGGGAAGAAUCGGUUUUCCUGAAGAAACAAGAAUUCAAGACUCAGCUCAAAAGCUUGAUACCCCACAAGAACAAUACGAGUUGUAGAAGAAAGGACACAGAACCAGAAGAGCGAGAAAAACAAUUCAGAUCAAGGGAAGUUUCUCAGGAAAAUGCAACUGAAAAAGGAAGGGAAUCAUAUUCUCCUGAUGAGUUGAGACAUUUAACUUUGAAGGCUGCUCAAUCUGAUGCUGAAGAAGGAUCUGAAAACGAAAGACUCUUACCAGAGAAAAGAGAAAAAGGGAAUGGUAAGGAGAGUAAGAGCCUAAUAAGGUCAUCAAGCACAAACAAUCCACCUUGGAGAAUGGAUCUUCAUGCUCUUGGAGUUUCAUACAAGAUCAAAAGGCUCAAACAACAACUGAUGAUGCUUGAAAGAUAUAUUGGGAAACCGGAGAGCCAAGAGAUGGAAAAAAAUAGCAGUGAUACCGGGAAAAGGGCUUUGUUAUUGAUCAUUACAUUGCUCAACAAACAAGUUACAAGGUAUCAAUCACUACAAGAGAAGAUUGAUGAUUUGUGCAAAAGAAUGCAUGUGAAUGAACCGGAGAAGAUUAGUGGAAACAUCAGAGCAAAUGGGGAAACCAAAACAUCACUAGAGCAUUUCUUAGAUGAGACAUUUCAGCUGCAAAGAUACAUAGUGGCAACAGGACAAAAACUGAUGGAAAUCCAAUCCAAGAUCGCUUCUGGCUUUGUUGAGGUUCUAGUAGGAAUAAUCACUACUGAAUCAUCCUCUUCUACUAGCAGCUUUGAUUCAGAACGUUUUGCAGAAAGCAUCAAAAGUCUGUUUCAGGAAGUGCAGAGAGGGCUUGAGGUUAGGAUAUCCCGAAGCAUAGGUGAUCUUGAAGGCACAUUAGCUCGUGAGGGAAUGAUACAUUUGAAGCGACGGGGCGACGUGGACCUACGAGUAUGAGAAGCUACAAAAUGUGUAAAUUCUUUACAAUUCUUCUUAAUUAAGCUCUUUAUAUAUUGAGGUAAAUGAGAACAAUUAGCUUUUGUAUAUAGAAUUCACUAAUAUAUAUACAGGAGUCCUCUGUUUGUGUUUAAAUUAACUCCUAGAAUCU